AUGAGCCACCAGAUCCUCCUGUUCACCGCGGCACUCGCGAUCAUCACACUCGUCACCGCCAUGCCGUCACACCUCCACCACCACCACCCCCGCACCGUAGACCUGGCGGACGCGCUGAACCGCACCGUGUGCCCCAUAGUCGUGGAAGUGGACGACGACCCGGCCCGUGUACCGCGUCGGAUAAAGAUGAUGAAGUGCGCCCCCGACCCCAAUAAAUGGUGCAUGCAGCAGAAGAUACCGCAGCACGAGUGUUGCGAGCACAAUCACAACAACCACCAGAUGGAGUGCGUGGAGAUGCACGACACGGUGCUGGUGCAGUACCCGGCUGCAGGGAGCACGCGGACCUUCGACGUGGCGGUGGGCUGCUCGUGUAUGGUGGGGCAGAGCUCGCGCGCCACCACGGUGCCCUCAGGACCUACGUGA